CUCCUGCUCCCCCGUUGGAAAAAAUGGCUGCUCCGGCGGCAGCGGCGGGUCCUUCCCCCGGUUUGUGCCCAAGCUACGCCGUUGUCUGUUCUUUUCUGGAGCGGUAUGGAGCCGCACUGGACCUGCCAGAGUUGACGUUUCCGCAAAUGGAGAGAUAUCUACAGGAGAGUUCCGUAGUCCCUAAGCCCUUGGUGGAGCUUCAUGUGAAGUUAAUGAGGAAAAUUGGGAAGUCUGUAUCUGCAGAAAGAUGGGAGAAAUAUCUAAUCAAGGUGUGUCAAGAGUUCAACAGCACUUGGGCCUGGGAGCUUGAGAAGAAGGGAUACAGGGAGAUGACAGUAGAGUGCAAGACAGGAAUCCUCAAAUACUUGUGUGAGUGCCAGUUUGAUGACAACAUUAAGUUCAAGACAGCAAUAAAUGAGGAGGAUCCUGAUAAAAUGCGUCUGCAGCCAAUUGGCCGGGACAAGGAUGGCCUCAUGUACUGGUUCCAGUUGGACCAGGAUCACAAUGUACGAGUCUACGUGGAGGAGCAGGAUGACCUCGAUGGAUCAUCCUGGAAGUGCAUCGUCAGAACUCGAAAUGACCUAGCAGAAACCCUGGAGCUGCUUAAGGCCCAGAUCGACCCAGCUCUCUUGACCAAGAAGGAAGCACAGGAGGGAUCUGGCAGUACCAGUCCAAGCCCAGAGGACGAGGAGAAUAAGAAGGAUGGGGGAGAACGAGAAACAGAGAAUCUGAAAAAAACAGAAAAAACGAAUGAAACCUCAGAGGAUGAAGAAAAAAAGCCUGAAGAGUGUGGCAUUCGUUCCAUCUCCCCUGUGGCAGGAAGUGAACAAAAGGCCUCCAGAAAGGACGAAAAAUCUGAUGCAGCACAGGAGGUCAAGCAGGGGCCCACCAAUAACAAGGAGAAAGUAGAGUCAACCUGCAAGAUGGAGAGGCCAGAGGUAAAACCCUUCAUUGACAACAGGGUCAGUACUAUCACUGCUAUCAUUAAGGAGGAACCCAAAGACACAACCCUGAGUUCAGCUGUGCCAGAGUUCCCAGCAAAGAUGGACACCCAUGAGGAAACAAAGGAGAAGACCUCAGAGGAAGUGGAGCGAGCAUUGAAGAAUGACCAGCAGGCUAAAAUCCCCCUGAAAAAGAGGGAGCUCAAACUGAGUGAGGACUUUGACAAUGGGGGGAGUAUCAUUGUCCGUAACCCAUCUAUCACUCCCACCAAAGAGCUGCUUAAGGAGGAGGUGGCAAAAGCAGAAGAGGAGAGCAAGGGACCUCCUUGCUCCACCUUAGGGGCCUUGGAGAAAGAGCCAAAGGGUGACUUAAUCAAUGGGGAGGUCCAACCUGCUAAAGAAAUACUCUUGGACACCAGAUCGGAGAAGCCAAACAGCAAGCAGGCUAAUAAUGAAGAGUCACAAGUCAGUGCUGUCUGCAAGGAAGAGAAUGGUCCAGCAGGGGGCAGUGUGAUAGUUGAAACCCGCAAAGUGGAGACAUUGAUGUCUGCAGUACCAGAGAAAUUAAGUGAGACAGAGAAAUUUAAGCAACCUGUUGAAGAGAAAACCAUCCCCAUAAAGGAAAAAGGAACUUUGUCUGCAGGUGAUGCCAUUGCUACCUCAGACAACAGGACAACAAGAGGAGCUUCUAAAGAGACAGAGAAGUCCUCUCCUGUUGAGGUGUCCAUCCAGCAGGAAGGAAGGCAAGAAGAGCCCAUGGAGAUUUCAGCAUCCUUGAAUGUAUCGGAGUCCAAAGAGAAGCCUAAUCAGGAAGCCCUAGGAGAAAAGAAGGAAGGGAUCUCUGGCAUGGAGAAGGAGAAGGAUGGGGAUAAGUCCAAGGAAGAGACCAGUGUUGCAGAAUCCAGCCAUCCUGAAAAAGCCAGGUCUGAGGAGGCUUCUGACAGGAAGGUUGAGGUAGAUGUCUCACCUCCUGAGAAGGUCAAGGUUCAGAAGAUCACAGCAGACCAAGAGAAUAAAACCAUGGAACGGGAAUCCACUCUUAGAGAGGAGAGUGGAAAUACUGAAAUUUCAGAUAAAGCGGUAGAGAAGGAGGACAAGAAAGAGAAAAGGGGGCUUGAGAAGAAACAUAAAAAAAGCAAAGCCAAAAACAAGGAAAAAGAAGAUGACCUGGACAAAGUGGCCACAGGUGAAGAGGAGCAGGGCGGCGAGCAAGACGCUGAGAAGCCCAGCUGCCAAGAGGAAGCCGCAGUAGCCGAGGAGGGCGAAGAGGUGUCCUCAGAAAUUCAAACGGAGGGCAUCCGUCUCAAGAUCAAAAUCCCCUCCCACAAGAGGAAAACGAUGCUCCAGGGAGAGGAGAAGGGGCCGGACACAGGGGCUGAUGUGGCUGAUGGGAGGUCCCUGAGGAGGUCACCCAGGAUAUGCCGGCCCACUCCCAAGUUGGCAGAGAUCCAGGACAUGAAACUGGAGAAGAAGCAGUUGGCCUCAGUGCUUGAAGAUGAGGAGGAGGAUGAUGAAGAAGAGGAAGAAAAGUCUUCAAAGAAAUCACGGGAAAACUCAAGAAAGGCUGACCCUGAUGGACAGACCAAAUCAAAGGGAAAACGGCGACGUCGAGCCCGGUGGUCGAACACUCGCCGGUGGCGAAAAACGAAGGGCUCCAGUGAUGAUGAUGAUGAAGAUAGUGAGGAUGAUGACAGCGACGAAGAUUACAAGGUGGAAAAGCCCAAGGACAGGCAGGAGUCAGACUCGGAGUCAGACUCGGAUUCCACACCUAAUGAUGACCCCUGCAAACACUGUGGCCUCCCAAACCAUCCUGAACUGAUCCUGCUCUGCGAUUCCUGUGACAGCGGCUACCACACGGCCUGUCUGAGGCCCCCCCUCAUGGUCAUCCCGGAUGGGGAAUGGUUCUGCCCACCUUGCCAGCACAAACUGCUGUGUGAGAAGCUGGAGGAGCAGCUGCAGAACCUGGACGUGGUUCUGAAGAAGAGGGAGCGCGCAGAACGAAGGCGGGAACGCUUGGUGUACGUGGGGAUCAGUGUGGAAAACAUCAUCCCGGCUCCCGUAAGUACAGAGGACUUGGAAUCUAAUGGCCGUAACACGGUUAGUCAACGCAGUGCUCAGGAGGCAGAAGUGGAAGAGGAAAAGCAGGAAAAGAAGAAAGAUGUCAAGAAAAGCAGGAAUCUGGGUCGGAGGUCCACGAGAGCGCGGAAAUGUAUAAGUUACAGGUUUGAUGAGUUUGACGAAGCUAUUGAUGAGGCGAUCGAGGAGGACAUUAAGGAAGCAGAGGGAGGAGGCGCUGGCCGCGGUAAAGACAUGGCCAACAUCACGGGACACCGAGGGAAGGACAUCUCCACCAUCCUGCAGGAGGAGGGCAAGGAGAACCGCCGGCCCGCCAAGGCCGCGCCCGCCCCGCGCAGGAAGAAACGGAGACGCCUCAACGACCUGGACAGCGACAGCACCGUGGAGGAGGAGGAGAGCGAGGACGAGUUCCGCCUCAGCAGCAGCACGGAGGAGGAGGAGUUUGUGGUUUCGGGCCAGGGGGACAGCGAUGGCGACGGCGACGCUCGCUCCAUGGACGACAGCGACUUCGGCAGCUCGGGCGGCGGCACGCGCUACCGCUCCUCCCGGACGAAGAACCGCGCCAGGAACAGGCAGAAGAAGAGUGUGCGGAGACCGCCGAGGCGACGAAGAGCUUACUCAGACGACGAAGAAGAAGAAGAAGAGACUGAUGAUGAGGAGGAAGAAGAGGAGAUGGUGUCUGAGGGCUCCAGCGACUUCAGCGACAGCGACCUGGACAUGCGGCGGAGGCGUUCCCGCCGGAGCCAGAAGAAGCAGGUCAACUACUGCGAGACCUCCGACAGCGAGCGCUCGCAAAGCGCCGCCCACCGCCACAAGCAGCGGCCCCACCCACGGCGCCUCUCCAGCUCCGACAGCGACGGGAGCGUUUGUUCCAAAGACUCCAGUGGUGAGGAAGAGGAGGAGGAUGGUAAGAAUAGGAAGAAGAGGGUGAAGAGAGGCAAUUCCUCGGAGGAAGACUCCAGGAGACAGCGCAAGCGGCUGGCCCUGAAGCGACGGAGACGCUCCACGGAUGACGAUGACGAAGACGAGGAGGACGAGGAAUCUGAGGAAGAGGAGCGGCCCGUCCGCAAGAGGUUGAACCGCAUUGAGACGGACGAGGAUGAGGAGGAGGAGGAGGAGGAGGAGGAGGAAAAGGAGGAAGACAAGAAGAGGAAAAGGCCGGAGGCAGGGGAGGAGGGCGGGGCUGCAAAGAGACCCAACAGGAUCACCAGCGACGAUGAAGACGAGGCUCUGGGGAAAGGGGGGAGCUCGCUGGACUACGGCCUGGCGGGGAUUCCCCCCACCAACGGACAGAGCCAGCCCAAGGGCCCCGGGCCCCUCGUCCCCAAGCACGGCGCGGCCGUGGCACCCAAGGACAGCGGGCCGUCACCGGCCACGGGUGCCCCCGGCGCCCCCGCCACCCUGGCUCCCAACGGCGUGGUCCCCCAGGAGACGGCUGCGCAGGACGAAGACGAGGACGACCUCUUAGGGGUGACCGACCUCGUGGACUACGUAUGUAACAGCGAACAGUUGUAGGGCGUCGCGGUUCUGUGAUCAUUUAAUGUGUUUUGCCAACAACCCACCCCUACUGCUCUGACCCAUUCCCUUAUCUCCUCCUGGAAGUGAACUGGACUUAACCGUGAUGGGCGUCCCUGACGGCAGCGACUACUGGAGGGCCUGCACUGCUCGCAUGCGGUGUUAACAUCCUCUCCUCUGCACACCCAGACACUGACACACCACAGAAGAAGAGCAGAAGUGUCCGCCAGUGGACACACAACCUCUGUUCUGUGUACAACAGCACUUGAGAGACCCAUUUUAGGUCACUUUUCUUUUUUUUUUAAAAAGUUAAUAUGGAAUCAUAGGCACCCUAUGUUGUAUGUCCUCUGCUUGUUUGUCGGUCCUUGUACGUAAUAGAAAAGUUGUUGUGUUAUUUUUGUUCCACUACUGUAAGAUUUGUAUAUUUUAUAUGAAAAGAAACUCCUCACCUCUGCGAAGAAAUGGGAGACCUUUAUUGGGGGGACAGGUAAAAAUGCAUUCCUUUCUCAGCUAGACAUGUAGAGUUUCCCGGGAUCAAUGUCAGAGGACAAACGAAGCGUUUUCUCAGUGAGAAACGAUGAUUUCCAUGUGCUCUCUUCCUCAUCCUGAAUUUAUGUCAAAUCCAAAAGGUAAAUUUUCGCAUCAGUCUCAACACCAUUAAACUUAGUCUUUAGUCACUUUCAUGGCUAGCUUAACCAUGAAACUAAACCUUUUAAUAUAGUGUAUUCGGUAUGAUCAGAUGUCCACUACUACGUACACUACCUGUCUGUUCUAACAAAGUGUCCAUUCAAACAAUAUUAAUUUUUGGAAUUUCUCUCAUUGAAGGCCAGGCAAAGACCAUCUUCUCCCUGUCAGUUUUCACAAUCUGAAAAGUUCCCUUUUAACGGCAAACUUAUCACACCAAUGUAAUUACUUACUAAGGUAGCUUGACUCUUGCCAAGUUUCACAUUUUUUGCUUCAUUUACUUAGUGGACAGUUCCAUGUGUGUUUGCCAGUAUUUUAUCCGACACAUCACCUUUUACUACUUGAGAGAGAAAAUUAUGUCUGUGUGUGUGUGUGCAUGUGUGAAUUUAAGGAGUGUCGGUGGAUGCAGCUGUUUCUUCUUUUUUUUAAAUGUUGAAUUGUUCUGACAUCCCAGUCAACCUCAUGAAUGACUUCCUUUGUGAAGUCUUUAUUUACUUUUAUCUAACUACUCAUACUCAUGGACACAUCGGCAUUUAGUACAGACUGUCUUUUAAUGGCUUUGAAUAAAUUCACCAUGAUUUUCUUGCCCCUUUGCUUUCUGUUAUGAUUUGAAUGUAUAAUCUUAUUGAACUAUUUUUUUUUACUAUUUUUAUUUUCUUUUUUCCUUUUUGUUUACACUCUGCCAAAACUGUUUCAUUUUCAAUCAUUCUGCGGUAAAACAUGGUGAAGAAGAAUAUAAUUUAACUUUGUUUUUUUCUCCAAUUGUUGGUGUAAGAACCACCUCACGUUCAGUGUAUUUUGUGUUGGAGCUGACAGUAUACAAUUAUUCUAGCUAGCUGCUGGUGGCACAAGAAUAGAUUAAAAUUGGGGGCUGUUUUUACGGAUGUUGUACCCUGAAGGACCAGGGAAAAUGAUGUUUCAUGUCAGAAUAGUUAUUUUAUGCAAUAAUCAGGAUUUUACCAGGUAAUUUAGUGUUGGCUUUUAAAAUGUGUUAAUUACAAGGACCAACAUGCCACAAAAAUGCUUGGCUGAUGGUAACCGGGGGACGAAAUUGGACGUAAUUACAUGUAACUGGCUGGAAUGGUUGUCUUGGAAGCUUUGAUGGUAACUUGCCUUUGGUUAUAUACAUUUCAAGGUUCCUUUGUGUUGUGUAUUUUCCCAGUUUCUCAUGUUGGUUGUACAGUGUUUUUUGGAAUGUUCUUGUAAACACUACUCUAUCUCCGUGUUCCUUCAGUCAUAGUUUUUCUGAACCCUGUGGGAGAGAUGGAGUCUAAAUUAAAGCCUUGGUCAUUGUAUAAAGAUCUUUGUAGCCUGCAAACCUUUGGGAAGUAAUGGUCUGUUGGUGAGUUUAAGUCUUAGCUUGAGGGAGAUUCCUGAUACAUCAGCAGCACAUCAAUUGGUUAAAGUGUACAGUCUCAAAAUUAAACCCUUUAAUUUGGCAAAGCAAAAACAGAAAAAUAAAACAUCUAUCUCUACAUUGUGUGUAUAUUUGUAGUUUAUGCUGUAACAUAUUAGUAACUUUUUUAAAAAUGGAAAAAAGUAUAUAAGCAUUUCUUUACAACGGCAACUCUUUAUAAUUUUGUAGUAAGUUGUCAUAUUGGCACAACUUUUGUAAUUUUAAACAGUGUCUUGGCAUGUUGCUCAACAUCUUCCUGCAAGCAGUAAAUGUAUUUUUGCUUGAGAAUUUGCAAGGUUAAAAAUCCUAUAACCUCUACCUAUCUUGUAUUUAACAGUGUCUUUCAUCCCUUGUUAUUGCACUGUAGAUAGGAAAAAGUAAGUUACAACAAAGUUAUACAGCAUGUAUUGAUAGAGUAAAUCUUAAUACAUGCAGAGACACUUGGAGAGAGUGUGAUAUGAAGUAGGAGUGACUAAAUCAUGUCAGAAGUGGCUGCUUUUAUACAAAUAGUCUUGUAAAAAAAUAAUGUUAUAUUAUUAGCAUAUACAUUUGGAGUGAAUACAACAGUGGUUUACUUGAGUAAAAAUACAAAUAUUGCUCAUCUCACAUGUAGUGUGUGCACACUAUUCCAUAAUCCAUGCUAAUUAGUCUGGAUUUGCAGGUAAUAUGCAAACUACUGCUUUACCACUCUUCAUACUUUUGGCCUGUUCAUUCAAGCAUUUUGUUACUUCAUCCUGUGCUUUUUGAAUUUUAAACAACAUGAUGUGUUGUUUAAAUCAGUAUAUUUGUUAAAAAAAAUGAAAAAACAUGAAAGAAAAAAGUCAGUGCCAAUGUUUUCGUGUGUGUAGUGCUAACAGGUGUAAAACACAGGCCUUCAAAUGUGGACCUUAGCUUUAGGCCUAUAGUCUGUGUUCCCAUUUCAAAGCCUUUUAUUAUUAAACCUGCUGUAAUUUCUUUCUUAUGGAUACAGAACUUGUACAUUUGUCAUAAUAAAAAGGCUUUAAAAACC